UAUACAUGUUGUUAGCAUUUUGAUUUAAUAAAUGACGAAGUGUAUUGUUGCGGGCUGCAGUAGUAGCACAACGAAAGGUGACAAAGUACACAAUGUCCCAAGUGUUAGAAAGAAAGCGGACAGAAAGACAUGGUUGUCGAAUGUCAACAGAUUGGACUUGAUGUGUAAACCACAAAAAAUUGUUGUGUGUAAUAAACAUUUUCAUCGGAAGUGUUACCAGAAAAACCUCCGGGUUGAAUACAUGGAAGGUAAAAUCCAAUAUGAUCUCGUACCAGGCUCAGUGACAACUAUUGUACAAAGAGGAAAGAAUGACAUAAAAGAAGGAGAGGUGUUUAUGAAGGUUAUGGAUGUAAUAAAGGCGGCAGUGGCCAACAAUUGUAGAAAAGUUCAGGAAGGGAUCACUAAAGUCGAGGAGGUGUCGGCAUUUUGGGAAACACAGCAGGAACAGCAGGCCAGUUACCUGCAGUUUUUGAAUAAUGACAUAAAAGAAGGAGAGGUAUUCAUGAAGGUGAUGGAUGCUGUGAAGGCGGCAGUGGCGAACAAUUGCAGAAAAGUUCAGGAAGGGAUCACUGAAGUAAAUACGACAAGCGACUUUUGGAGGGAGCAGGAGAUAAUCCAGAGCCGCUACAUGGACUUCUUAAAAAUUCAAGAGCUGCCAAAGCAGAUACAUGAGAUUCUGCAUUGUGAACGUGACAAAAACAAAACGCUCAAGAAAAGGGUCAGGAAGUAGCAGAAAAGAAUACAAUUGCGCAGUUAAAAACAUCCAAUCAGAACCACCUUCCGUUCAGCCCACCAGAAAUCACCUCCAUUCUUCGGCGACUACAAAUCACCACGGAAACUGAUAUCUAUCGAGG